AUACGCAAGCAGCCAAAAGCAUUUUCCAGACCUCUUUAAGAAACUGGAGAAUAGAUGAAACAGGACAAACUUCAAAAGAAAAAAAUUUUAGGAUUAAAACAAGGGGAGUGAAGUGUGUCUAGGGACUCAGGACGACUAGGCCUGCCAUCCACUGUCCCUUUCUCCAUUAGCCUUAUGGCCUUAUAGUCAGCUGAUGAGGUGAAAUCGAAAAUAUACCUUGAACAAGAGAUCACCCUGAGAGGAAUAAGGCAGUUUCUCAAAAAAUUAAAAAUAGAAUUGUCAUUUGAUCCAACAAUACCACUUCGUGGUAUAUACCCAAAAGAAUGAAAAGGAGAGUCUCAAAGAGUUAUUUGUACAUUCAUGUUCAUAUUGUUAUUCACAAUAGCCAAAAAGUGGCAGCAACUCAAGUGUCCAGAGAGGGAUGGACCAAGAAGCAAAAUGCGGCAUGUCCACAAAACGGAAUGCUAUUACCCCUUAAAAGGAAAGGAAAUUCUGACACAUGCUACACAUGGAUGAACCUUGAAAACUUUAUGCUAAGUGAAACAAGCCAGUCACAGAACAAAUACUGCAUGAUUCUAAUUAUAUGGCACCUACAGUUGUCAAAUCCAUAGAGACAGAAACUAGAAUGGUGAUUGCCUGGGGCUGGGGGAGGGAGGAGUGCGGAGUUACUGAUGGGUACAGGGUUUCAGUUGGGGAAGAUGAAAAAGUUCUGGAAAGGACAGUAGUGAUGGCUGUGCCACAAUGUGAGGGUACUUAAUACCACUAAACUGCAUAUUUUUGAAAAAUUUAACACUUUAAAAUGGUUAAAAUGGUAUAUAUGAUGUUAUGCAUAUUUUACCACAAUUAAAGGAGCCACCCUGCAGUACUAAGAACUUUAGAUGCAUAAGACCCAUAUGUCCUCUUUAUAAUAUUAUUUUUUCAUAGCUCCUGUGAGUCUGAGACUUUGAAAGGACAGAACCAGGUAGAGGCCCCAGCAUCCUGGGAGGACCGCCCUGUCUCUCCGCCCAGGGACUCCCAGAGCGCCAACCCCAGCUGGAUUCAGCGUAACCGCCCCCCAACCGCCAGCCCGGCUGAGGCCCCCACGGAGGGCCCUAUGCCCACUGGGAGGUGCACUCAGAGGCGGGCGGCGCCGCGCCCCGAGGAAGCCGCCCUCAAUGCCGAGGUGCGCUGCACGUUCUUCCAAUCAAAGAGCCCCAAGGUCAGGUUCUCAAGGCCAGAGCCAACCGCAAAGAGCCUAUUGCCUGUUGUCCCGCCCUCCCGUGCUGACGACUGGCGAGUUUCAAACCCGCAGGAGCCAAUGAGGACGCGCAAACGCUCGGCACGCCGGUCUUGGCUACAGGCGCGGCGUUUGAAGAAAAACCGUCACUGAAGAGUCAUGGUGGGGCCCGGGCCUACCGCCGCUGCAGCUGUCGAAGAGCGGCAGAGGAAGCUUCAGGAGUACCUUGCAGCCAAGGGAAAACUGAAGAGCCAAAACACCAAGCCUUAUCUAAAAUCCAAGAAUAAUUGCCAGAAUCCACCACCUUCUAAAUCUACUGUUAGACCCAAAAAUGAUGUUACGAACCAUGUUGUUUUGCCUGUCAAACCUAAAAGGUCCAUCAGCAUUAAACUCCAGCCCAGACCACCUAAUACUACAGGGUCCCAGAAGCCGAAGUUGGAGCCACCAAAACUUCUGGGCAAAAGACUGACUUCAAAAUGUGUUUCUUCUAACCCAUACUCUAAGCCUUCUAGCAAGAGUUUUCAACAGCGUGAAGCUGGAUCGUCCACAACAGGAGAACUGUCAAGAAAACCCGUGGGAUCACUUAAUAUAGAGCAAUUGAAAACUACAAAGCAGCAGUUAACAGAUCAAGGAAAUGCUAAAUGUAUAGACUCUGUGAAUAAUACCCAUGUUGAAAACAAAUCUUUCGAUAACUUUCUAAAAGAAACAAACAAAGAGAACUUGCUCGAUAUCUCAACAGAACCUGAGAGGAAGCCAGAUCCUAAAUUAUGUACCAGAAGUAAGCCAAAGACUGACUCUUAUAAUCAAACCAAGAACAGUUUAGUUCCUAAACAAGCCUUGGGCAAAAGUUCGGUUAAUAGUGCUGUUCUGAAAGAUAGAGUUAAUAAACAAUUUGUUAAAGAAACACAAAGCAGGACUUUCCCAGUAAAAUCACAGCAACUCUCUAGAGGAGCAGAUCUUGCAAGACCAGGAGUAAAACCCUCAAGGACGGUUCCCUCUCACUUAAUUCAGACCCUUAGUAAAGUUCAGUCAUCAAAGAAACCAGUGGUCAAGAACAUCAAAGAUAUAAAGGUUAAUAGGAGUAAAUAUGAAAGACCAAAUGAAACUAAGAUAUGGUCAUACCCUGUUAUUGAACAGAGAGUGAAGCAUACCAAACCCAGAACAUACCCCAGUUUGCUUCAGGGUGAAUAUAACAACAGACAUCCAAACAUCAAGCAAGAUCAGAAGUCCAACCAACUUUCUAUACCUCAGACAUCAUGUGUACUGCAAAAAUCAAAAGCCAUAAGCCAGAGGCCUAAUUUGACAGUUGGCAGAUUUAAUUCAGCCAUUCCAAGCACCCCUAGCAUAAGACCAAAUGGAACCAGUGGUAAUAAACAUAGCAAUAAUGGCUUUCAGCAAAAAGCACAGACUUUGGACUCCAAGUUGAAAAAGGCUGUUCCCCAGAACCAUUUUCUGAACAAGACAGCUCCCAAAACUCAAGCUGAUGUCACAACUGUAAAUGGGACCCAAACAAACCCAAAUAUUAAAAAGAAGGCAACAGCAGAGGAUCGGAGGAAACAACUAGAAGAAUGGCAGAAAUCUAAGGGAAAAACCUAUAAACGGCCCCCUAUGGAACUUAAAACAAAAAGAAAAGUAAUAAAGGAAAUGAAUAUUUCAUUCUGGAAGAGCAUUGAAAAAGAAGAGGAAGAAAAGAAAGCACAACUCGAACUAUCCAGUAAAAUUAACAACACUCUGACAGAAUGUCUGAACCUCAUCGAAGGGGGUGUACCUUCUAAUGAAAUACUUAACAUAUUGUCCAGCAUUCCUGAAGCUGAGAAAUUUGCUAAAUUCUGGAUCUGCAAAGCAAAGUUGUUGGCAAGUAAAGGCACCUUUGAUGUUAUUGGGCUAUAUGAAGAGGCCAUUAAAAAUGGGGCAACACCAAUACAAGAGUUGCGGAAAGUUGUUCUUAAUAUCUUGCAAGACUCAAACAGAACCACAGAAGGGGUUACUUCUGACUCUUUAGUUGCUGAAACUAGUAUAACAUCAGUGGAAGAGCUGGCCAAGAAGAUGGAAUCUGUGAAGUCUUGUCUUUCUCCAAAAGAGAGGGAACAAGUCACGGCAACACCCCGAAUAGCCAAGGCAGAACAGCAUAAUUAUCCUGGUAUCAAAUUACAGAUUGGUCCAAUCCCUAGAAUAAAUGGGAUGCCAGAAGUGCAAGACAUGAAACUUAUAACUCCUGUACGGCGUUCUUCGAGGAUUGAGCGAGCAGUGUCCCGCUACCCGGAAAUGCUGCAGGAACACGAUUUAGUAGUGGCUUCUCUUGAUGAACUGUUAGAAGUGGAAGAAACAAAAUGUUUUAUAUUCCGUAGAAAUGAGGCGCUGCCUGUAACAUUGGGGUUUCAAACCCCUGAAUCAUAAUUUCUUGAUGCUUUUUUUAAAAAAGGUGUUUCAGAGCCUCCAUAAGACAAGAAAUAUUCUUGUCCAAGUGACCUGGAAAAAAGUGUAAUAGAGAGGCAUCAUGGAUGCAGAUUUUGGAUGCUCAGGACUUAAGUAAUUCACUGGGCUUACUCAAAUUUUAUCUCCCCAUGGGAAAAUCUUUGCUUUAUGUGUUUAAGACUAGUUUGCCAGUUUUACAGUAUACAUAAAUUUCAAACUUUUGAAUAUUUACCCUACAACUAUGAUAAAUAUUUAUACUUUAUUGAUCUACUUUAAUCCCAACAUAGUUUUUUAUAUCAGAAGGUUGGUCCCACAAUAUAAUGGGACUUUUCUUUCUGCAUCCACCUUAGCAGAGGGCAAGUUCUUUCAUCGUGGAAGAUCUGAACUUUGACGCUAGCUUGACAGGCUGAAUGGACCUUGACAGGUGGCCAAGUCAAAACCCCUCGUUUUACAGAUGAGUUUAUGCUAGCUGUGCCUUUGCUCAGAGAUCAUAAAUUUAUGUGUGAUCUUUGACUUCCAUCGCAGUAUCCUUGUAAAUGAGAGAGAAUUCUUGUUUUUUCUUUGCCAGGUCUCCUCAGAUGAAACACAAUCCUGAAUUGGCGUGGUCGUCUAGCUUUUAUGUCCAAACCUAGUUUUGCAUUUGUUACUCAGAAACACUUCAAGUAACAAAACGGGGGCAGGGGAGAGGGGUGGGGAGUGGACACUUGCUUCUUCGCUUCAGUUCUUUGCUCAGCUAGGGGAUAGCUGGCUUGAGAAGGCAGUGCAAGCCCCAGAGACUGUUGUAGGUUGCUUUUUCUUCCUCCUGGGCAACUAUUUGUGGAAAGGUUUUACCUUAGUCAUUAUGUAAAUAUAAUGUGUAGAAAAACCUAGUCAACACAUUUUAAAUUUUAGCUUUCUUAAUAUUUAAGUAUUAUCUUAACAUUAAAUUUCUAUUAGUUCCUGCUUGUUUAUCUUAUUUAUUAUAGAAAACCAUGAUAAUGGCUUUGCAUAGAGGAUUAGGAGUUUGUCUAAGGAUACACCAGUUGGCUGUCCUAGGAAACCUCACAAGGAGCAUUCAUUACCAAGGAGAAUGGACUUUGAUCAAAGGUCUAUCAGCCUCAUCCAGGAACUAGAUUUUUUUUAAGGGAAGCAGAUCUAUUUCUGAAAGUCAGAUUUAUAAUAAAGCUCAAAAAACUGAGCUAUAAACCUGUAAUACCAGCAGACUUUCAAUAAGAGAUAGACUCUUACAACUCAGUUGUGGAAAAACUAAUAAUUAAAAAUGGGCAAAGGACCUGAACAGACAUUUCUCCAAAGAAGACAUAAGAAAUGGCCAAUAGGUGUAGAUGUGAAAAGGUGUUCAGCAUCAUUAAUCAUAAGAAUAAUGUAAAUUAAAACCACUGUGAGCUGUCACCUCACAUCUAUAAGAAUGGCUAUUAACAAGACAUGAGAUAAAUGUUGAUGAGAUUGUGGAGAAAAGAGAACCCUAGUACACUGUGGGCAUGUAGAUUGGGGCAGCCAUUAUGGGAAACAGUAUGGAGGCUCCUAAAGAAAUUAAAGAUAGAACUGUUAUCUGACCCUCUUCUAAGUAUGUACCCAAAGAAGAUGAAAUCACCAGCCGGGCGCAGUGACUCACACCUGUAAUCCCAGCACUUUGGGGUGGGUGAAUCACCUGAGGUCAGGAGUUCGAGACCAGCUUGACCAACAUGGUGAAACCCCAUCUCUACUAAAAAUACAAAAAGUAGCCGGGCAUGGUGACGGGCACCUGUAAUCCCAGCUACUUGGGAGGCUGAGGCAGAAGAAUCACUUGAACUCAGGAGGUGGAGGUUGCAGUGAGCCAAAAUUGCAUCACUGCACUCCAGCCUGGGUUACAGAGCAAGACUCCAUCUCAAAAAAAAAAAAAAGAUGAUGAAAUCAUCACCUCAUAAAGAUAUCUGCACUCCCAUGUUUGUGGCAGUGUUAUUCUCAAUAGCCAAGAUGUGGAAACAACCUAGAUGCCAUCAAUGGACAAAUAAAUAAAAGAAAAAACGGCAUAUGCAUGCCAUGGAAUAGUAUUCAUCCUUGGAAAAGAGGGAGUUCUUGCCAUUUGCUACAACAUAGAUGGACCUGGAGAACAUUAUACUAAGUGAAAUAAGCCAGACACAAGGAAAAAUACUGCAUGAUCUCACAUGUGGAAUAUUUAAUUUUUUAAGAAAGAGCUCAAGUACACAGAGAAACAGUGUUUACCACAGACUGGGGAAGAGGAAAUGGGGAGAUGCAGGCCAAGGAUACAAAAUAGCAGUUAAGAUGAACAAGUCUAGAGAUAGGACUAAAGUUAAUACAAUUGUAUUAGGGAUUUUUGUUAAGUAGGUUUUAGCUGCUCUUAUCACACAAAAAACUGAGAUGAUAAUGUUAAUCUGCUUCACUGUAGCAGCCAUUUUAUUAUCUAUAUGUAUCCCAUAACAUCAUGUUGUAAAUCUUAAAUAUACCUAAUAAAAUAAAAUUGUCACCAAAAUGCAA